AUGGAGCCCGCGGGCCUCGCCCUGAAGCUGCUGCUGGUCGGAGACAGCGCCGGGGGGGAGUCCGGCCUCCUGCGGACGUUCACGGACGGCGCCUUCGAGCCGCGCCUGAAACCCACUCGGUGUAUUGAUUUUAAAGUGAAGAAAAUGGUGGUGGGGGGCCGUGCAGUGCAGCUGGCCGUAUGGGAUACAGCAGGACAGGAGUGUUUCAGAGCAUUGACUCCCAGUUAUUACUGAGCAGCUCAAGGAGUGACUUUGGUGUAUGAUGUUACAAGAAAAGACAUCUCCACAGGACUAGGAGGAUGGCUGAAAGAGCUGCAAACAUGCACCACCACCAGCAGCACUGUGAAGAUGUUGGUUGGCAAGAAAAUCGAUAAGCCUGACUGUGAAGCAGAGAGGAAAGAAGGGCUCCAGCUUGCUAGGAAACACUCACUGCUUUUUAUAGAGACCAGUGCCAAGACACAGGAUGGAGUACAAUUUGUCUUUGAGGAACUGGUCAUAAAGAUCCUGCAGACUCCAGGACUUUGGGAUGAGAGCUCAGGCAAGAAGGGAGUCCAGCUCAUGUAAUCUUCAGCACAGCAGAAUAAAGGGUUCUGUGGUGCCUACUGUGCACUUAUUUAA